UCUUUUUCACAGGUGACGAAGAUGAGAUGCAUGCUAACCAGAAGGACUACUUCCUUGUCCACCGCACCUGCCUGGUCACGCUUCUGAAUCAGUGCCGCACUUGUUCGUCACCUUCAUGCACAGUGAACCUGUUUUACACUGGUACACGCAUCACAGCAAGAACGGAAUGUCCACACGCACAUGUGCACACGUGGUCAAGCGAGCCACUUGUUGGAAACAAGCCGAGAGGCAACAUUUACCUGACAACCGCAUUGCUUUUUUCUGGCUCAAGUCCUACAAGUGCUCUCAGGAUGAUGCGGCUGAUGGAUGUACAAGUCAUGAGCGACCAGGCUUUCUUCAACUAUCAGAAGGCAUACCUUCUUCCUGCUGUCACCAUGGUCUGGGAUGAGCAUCAAGAAACUUUGCUGACAGAGCUCAGAGAUACCAGCCUGCAGCUGUGUGGGGAUGGCCACAGUGCUAAGUUCCUCACGUACUCCUUCCUGUGCCCUGAAAAGGGAAAAAUUGUACACACUGAGCAAGUUCAAGUGAAGGAGAGUGAACAAGUGCUGGCGAGCUCCCAGAUGGAAAAAGAGGGCUUGAUAAGAGGUCUCAAAUUUUUUCGUGAGCAAGGCAUGACUGUGAGCUCAUUGACUACAGACCGCGACUCUGGAAUUAAGAAGCACAUGCGGCUGCAAUGUCCAGAGAUAAUUCACUACUUCGAUGUGUGGCAUGUUGGAAAAGGCAUCAGGAAAAAGUUGGCCACAGCUUCACGAAGGGCUGGAUGCAAUGCUAUUCUGGCAUGGACGGAAGCCAUCAUCAACCACCUGUACUGGUGUGCAUGCGCUUGCGGUGGCAAUGGGGACAUGCUGGUGGCUGCAUGGAGGAGCAUGCUGAAUCAUGUAAGGGACUUCAUGAAGGACAUGGUGACCUGUAUCACCGCUGUCUCCACGGACAAUCCAACCGCAUGCAAUGGCUCACUGCUGGACAUCCGCCAGCUGUCACCAUCUGUGCAGACGUACAGCCUGGAGUCCUUCCACAGUGUUCUGAAUUGUUUCGCACCAAAGUCCACUGCGUUCACUUAUGAAGGCAAUGAAGGCCCGGAACUGCUCAAGAAUGUGUUGGAGCUGUGUGCCGUGUAUGAAACAUUCCCCAAAGCAUUUGCACGAGUGGAAGAAAGUGUUCCCCCUGUAUUUUCAAGUCAGGCUGACCGAACAGUGACCAAAGGAGACCUCGUAGCUGCACACAAAGCACGGUUUCUGAAGUUCUAA